AUGGCGCCUCCAGGAAGGAAGCAGAAGGGCUCGAGUGGCACCAAACCCACGCAUAUCUCCCGCGAGCCUGUCAACGACAUCAUUGCACAAAAACGCCCCGAAGCCGCGGCUCUGCCGGUAGAACUACAGCAAAUGAUUCUGGACGUGUUUCGCCGGGCCUUUCCUCUCCACGACCAAGGAGAGGUCAAGACCGUGAUUCAAGAGGUCAAGGGACAUCUCUUCCAGCGGGACUUUGCGAGUGCGUUCGCCAAGCAAGAAUAUCUGGAUGCUUACGCACUGAGGUGGAGUGCCGCUCGCUCCCUUGGAUAUACCGACAUCUUCUUGCACCGCGACUUGCAGCCAGUGUGGGUGGGCGGAACUGACCCGUGUCUGGAUAUGAAUUCUUCCCCAAGCUCCAUGAGAGUCGCAUGCAUUGGAGGUGGCGGAGGGGCGGAAGUGGCUGCAUGUGCGGCCGCUGUUGCCCAGACACAUUCUCUCUCGAGUCUGGAAGUGCACGCCAUCGACAUCGCAGACUGGUCUGGCUGUCUCGACAAGCUAGCACACCACUUGUGCACUCCACCUCCCCUCUCGGCGUAUGCGAGUGAGAGCGCGAAGUCAGCCAAUGGGCCCUUGGUCGCAAGUGGUCAGUUUUCACAUUGCUUCUCUCAAUGCGACAUACUCGCCGUCGACGAAGGGAGGCUGCGUGAUUUACUCGCCCCCGUUCGACUAUGCACCGUCAUGUUCACACUGAACGAGUUGUUUUCGAGCUCGAUAUCACGGACGACUGCAUUCCUGUUGGCGAUUAGCGACAUGAUGCAGCCUGGCUCGUGGUUUCUCGUCGUCGACAGUCCCGGCUCUUACUCAGAGGUCAAACUGGGCCAAGGUCAGACCAAGAAAUACCCAAUGAAAUGGCUACUUGAUCACGCGUUACAGGAUGUCGCACAGGGUAAGUGGAAAAAACAAGUCUCUGAUGAUUCACGCUGGUUCAGAUUGAACUCGUCACUGAAGUACCCCGUGGAGUUGGAGAACAUGAGAUAUCAGAUUCAUCUCUACCAGAGAAUAUGA